AUGAAAGAGAAGAACCUGGCUCUUAAAGCCACUGAGAAAAAAGACUUUGAAGAGGAAAACAUAACAUUGAUGAUGAAAAUGUUUCAAAGGAUACUGAGAAAAGGGCAAACAAGUCAGAGGAGACAAUCUCAGAAAACCACUUACAAAGACUUAAGAGAACAACUAUGUUACAAGUGUGGAAGUCCAGAUCACUUCAUCAAUUUAUGUCCAUUGUGGACCUUGAAAUACAAAAAGAAUAACCCUGAAAGAACCAAGGAAGUUAGGAGUGAUCAAUACAUUCCUACAAAUCGAAGAAUCACCAAUCAAAAGGCUGACAUGACUGUGAAAAAAGCUUUUGCAGCAAUGGAAAAUUCUUCUAGAGAAGAGUCUGAUGGGACAAAAGCUGAAAAUCAAUCAUUACUGGCAAUGAAAGGAGAAAGAGAGUACGACUUCCUAUCACUAGUGGCAAUUGCAGAGUCAGAUGAUGAGGAGAACCAUGAUCAGGCAAAAAAUACAAUCCUGGCUUUGAUGGAUGAAACAGAUUCAGAAGAAGAUGAAUAG